AAUAGAUUAUUAGAGCCACCCUUGAUCAAACAAUUGGAAAUUGAUUACAGUUCUAGUAAUAGCACAAUAUCCGUUUUUAGCCAGGAACAUUYGUUUGUUCUACGCAAGGUGAGCGAUCGACUAUAAAAAAGGGUGGAUUGUCAAUUAGAUUAAGUCGUACGAGCCGUUCUAGCAUCGGUAAGAGCUCAAAGCCAGAAAAAGCUAGGACGAUACACGAGUUUACUACUACCAAGAAGAAACGUGAAUACAGAAAAAGAUACGAAGAAAUCUGAGGACAACGCCAAGAAAUCUUGUCCACAAUGUCAGACAGCUACUACUACUACCGUUGUCCUUGCCCAUCUACUGAAUGUAACGGCUCUAUCUGUAGAUACCCAGAGAUGMUGCCGCCAGUAGCAGCAAGUUACACACCACCUUCAUGCUCUUUCUUCCCUCAGGAGAGGAAACUCCUAACCUACACUACCAACGCGCCUAAAAUAGAACCCRAGACUCGUGUUAUCACUCAAGCUAGUAGAGAACCAAUACGAUGGACUUCAUCCUUUGGUAGCUUCCAAGAAAGAACUGUAAACAAGGCAGAYAUGGUACCAAAAGAGAUUCCAGAAUCUGGUCGAGUCCAAACCACAACACAAGUUAACCGAACUUCCACACCAAAUACCCAAGGACUACAGCCUAUCAACAAGACUCAAAGCCGAACAAGACGAGUACGAACGGCAUUUACCCCAUUUCAACUUCUCUGCCUUGAGACUUCGUUUGACAAGAACCACUAUGUCGUAGGAUCCGAAAGGAAACAACUAGCUUCUUAUCUUAAACUCAGUGAAACGCAAGUUAAAGUUUGGUUCCAGAACAGACGAACRAAGUGGAAAAGACAAGCUUUAGAAGGAAGAGUUGACAUGAACAAAGAUCCCUUAACUCCUUAAAUAUGGAUGGUGCCCGAACUUUUUUUAAAUUCAGACAAGUGUUACGAAGCUUUUUUUUAGCAUUACACCUAUUUUUUCUUUUAAUAUACUUAUGUACAAAGUAAAAAUGCAGUCUUUUUCACACUGUAUAGUACAAUUUUAUUUAACUGAAGUAAAAAUAUUGCGUUUGACUGUAAACCAAUCAAAUCGCAUGACCUCCUUCACCCAAUCAGAGUUUGAAUAUAGAAGCCAAUCCCAAGUUUAGUCAACGAAAAGCUUUUUUCGAAUUUUUUUUCCAUUUCCAAAAUUUUAAUUUUUUUCUAUUUUCUAACUGCACUUAUCCUGGAAUACCGGCGAGGACAUGGAGGAAGACCUCAACGAUUUUACCACGAUUUUUGACAARCACAAACACUUAGUAUAACAAACUCAAAAUGGGCCUCCAUGAUAUUCCCAAUAUGUUGCUAUAUGUUAAAUGUAAAUUUGCAAUGUAAAUAAAAACAACUCGUAAAAUAAAGAACUUAGUUUACU